CGGCCAGUGCCUCUGUUUCCGGCUCGAGUUGCGCUCCUCACCCCCGCCCUCAGCAUGUCCGAGACUGCGCCCGCUGCGCCCGCUGCGCCAGCUCCCGCCGAGAAGACGCCUGUGAAAAAGAAGGCUCGCAAGUCUGGAGGUGCCGCUAAGCGUAAGGCGUCCGGACCCCCCGUGUCCGAGCUCAUUACCAAGGCGGUGGCUGCCUCUAAGGAGCGCAGCGGAGUGUCCCUGGCCGCGCUUAAGAAGGCACUGGCAGCAGCUGGCUACGAUGUAGAGAAGAACAACAGCCGCAUCAAGCUGGGUCUUAAAAGUCUGGUGAGCAAGGGCACCCUGGUGCAGACCAAGGGUACCGGCGCCUCGGGCUCCUUCAAGCUCAACAAGAAGGCGGCCUCUGGGGAAGCCAAGCCCAAGGCCAAGAAGGCAGGCGCUGCCAAAACCAAGAAGUCUGCGGGAGCAGCUAAGAAGGCCAAGAAGGCGACGGGGGCAGCUACCCCGAAGAAGAGCGCCAAAAAGACCCCAAAGAAGGCAAAGAAACCAGCUGCGGCUGCAGGAGCCAAAAAAGCUAAAAGCCCGAAAAAGGCUAAGGCAGCUAAACCCAAGAAGGCUCUCAAGAGCCCAGCAAAGGCCAAAGCGGUGAAGCCCAAGGCGGCUAAGCCAAAGACCGCCAAGCCAAAGGCAGCAAAGCCAAAGAAGGCGGCAGCCAAGAAAAAAUAAGUUUCUUUGGUCGUCUACUUAAGAGGCUUAAAAUAACCCAAAGGCUCUUUUCAGAGC